UUGGCGGAGGGGAGCAACGGGCAGGAGAAGAAGGAUCUGAUGCCUUCUUAUGGAGGGCACGAUGCGGUGGCCGUGUCUGCUGAAGAAGAAGACAAGUACUACACCAAAAGGACAGCUUUUGCCGAAGAGGCAGAGAGGGAUGAAUUUAUGGAACUAGCGUCCAUAGAGGAGAUAUUCUCGAGCGAGGAGGUGCCCUCAUGGCAGAAGCAGCUGACUUUGAGGGCCUUUGUGGUGAGCUUUAUUUUGACGGUUCUCUUCACCUUCAUAGUUAUGAAGCUGAACCUCACCACCGGGAUUAUACCGUCCCUCAACGUCUCCGCCGGGCUGUUGGGCUUCUUCUUCGUCAAGACAUGGACCAAUUUCCUCGAGAAGGCAGGUAUGCUCAGGCAGCCGUUUACCCGGCAAGAGAACACUGUUAUUCAGACCUGCGUCGUUGCCUCCUCUGGCAUUGCUUUCAGCGGUGGCUUUGGUGGUCACCUCUUUGGAAUGAGUAGGACUGUUGCCAAACAAUCUACAGUAGCUAACAAUUCACAAAAUAUCAAAGACCCGUCACUAGGAUGGAUGAUUGGGUUUCUUUUUGUUGUUAGCUUUCUUGGCCUCCUUUCGGUGGUGCCUCUUCGGAAGAUUAUGAUCAUAGACUUCAAAUUGAUAUAUCCAAGUGGUACCGCAACGGCCCACUUUAUCAAUAGCUUUCACACUCCUCAGGGUGCCAAGCUAGCAAGGAAACAAGUGAAAGCAUUGGGGAAGUUCUUCUCCUUUAGCUUUCUAUGGGGCUUCUUCCAAUGGUUCUUCACUGCAGGUGAAAACUGUGGAUUUGUAAACUUCCCUACAUUUGGUCUCAAAGCCUUCGAGAACAGGUUUUACUUCGAUUUCUCAGCUACUUAUGUUGGUGUUGGAAUGAUCUGUCCAUUUUUAAUUAACAUGUCUCUGCUUGUGGGAGCAAUUCUUUCGUGGGGUGUCAUGUGGCCUCUCAUAGCAGCCAAAAAGGGCUCUUGGUACCCUGCAGAGCUCAGCCCUAGCAGCCUACAUGGCCUGCAAGGUUACAAGGUAUUCAUUGCUAUAGCCAUGAUACUUGGUGACGGCCUCUACAACUUCUUUAAAGUCCUUGGUUGCACUCUAUUUGGUUUAUAUAACCAAUUAUGCAACAAAAACUCCGGCACGGUUCUCCCUCUAUCUGGUCGCUCCUCCUCUGAGAGCCCUUUAUCACUGUCUUACGACGACCAACGUCGGAACCAAUUAUUUCUCAAGGACCAGAUUCCGGCAUGGGUUGCUGUUGGUGGUUAUGUCAUUCUCGCAAUCAUAUCUACUGCCACACUUACCCACAUAUUUUCCCAGCUCAAGUGGUACUAUAUUGUGGUAAUUUACGUAAUAACACCAACGCUAGCCUUUUGCAAUGCUUAUGGUUCCGGGUUGACAGACUGGUCCUUGGCGUCGACAUACGGAAAGCUAGCCAUCUUCACUAUUGGUGCAUGGGCAGGGGCCUCUCACGGAGGAGUUCUGGCGGGUUUAGCGGCGUGUGGUAUCAUGAUGAACAUUGUUUCCACAGCAUGUGACUUGAUGCAGGACUUCAAAACAGGCUACAUGACUUUGGCUUCACCCAGAUCCAUGCUUGUGAGUCAAAUUAUUGGAACAGCAAUGGGCUGCGUUAUUUCUCCUUGCGUCUUUUCGUUCUUCUACCAGGCCUUCCCCGAUAUGGGUUCUCCCGGUUCAGCAUACCCCGCGCCUUAUGCUCUCGUUUACCGUAAUAUUUCGAUAUUGGGGGUUGAGGGGUUGGCGGCUUUGCCGCACCACUGCCUCGAGCUUUGCUGUGUGUUUUUCAUUGCAGCCAUAGUUAUCAACGGUACCAGAGAUGUAGCGGGAAAGAAGUGGGCGAGGUUUAUUCCACUUCCUAUGGCAAUGGCAAUACCCUUUUAUCUUGGAGCUUACUUCGUCAUUGAUAUGUGUGUGGGGAGCUUGAUACUGUUUGUGUGGCGGAAGGUAAACAAGGCUAAGGCUGACACGUUUGGACCGGCUGUAGCAUCCGGGUUGAUUUGUGGCGAUGGGAUUUGGUCUCUGCCGAGUUCAAUACUCACUGUGCUAGGUCUUAAGCCACCCAUUUGCAUGAAAUUUUUGUCGAGAGGAGCAAAUGCAAAGGUGGAUGCUUUCUUGAAGGGAUCUUAA